AUGGCGUCAUCUGAAAAUGCUGAGUCACACCAAGUCACUGAAGCGUCGCCGCCGGCACCAGAGGCCCUGAGGGUGGUUCUGUUGGGCCGGACUGGGACCGGCAGAAGCUCCUCGGGCAACACCAUCCUGGGCAGGUCAGCCUUCUGCGUGGACACGUCCCCGUGUUCUGUGACCACACGGUGCAUGAGGCAGACCGGGACGGCAGACGGGCGGAGCGUCUCCGUCGUCGACACUCCAGGGUUCUUCCACACACACCUGUCCCCUCAGGAGGUCAUGGCUGAAGUGGGACAGUGCAUCGGUCUGUCCUCGCUGGGACCCCACGUCUUCUUGGUGACCCUGCAGCCUGGUAGGUUCACCCAGGAGGAGAGAGAGGCCCUGGAGUGGAUCAAAGCCAGGUUUGGGCCUGACGUCACCCGGUUCAUGAUGGUCCUGUUCACGUGGGGAGACCAGCUGCAGAGUGAACACGUGGAGAACUUCCUGGAGAAGAGCCAGGAGCUGUCGGAGUUCGUCAGCAGCUGCCGUGGAGGGUAUCACACCUUCGAUAACAGCGGUCAGGACAAGACAACGGACUGCUCACAACAAGUCUCGCAGCUUCUGAAGAAGGUAGACAAACUCGUGGUGGACAAUGGAGGCGGUUGCUAUAGCAACGAGAUGUUCAAGAAGGCCGAGAGCGCUAUGAGGGAGGCGCAAGAGAGGAUUCUGGGAGAACACGCUGUGGAAACUCUUCAAAAGGAGGGUGAAGGCAAGGAGGAGCAGUCACCAGACCUAGAGAGGAGGAGGAAGGAGGAGGAGCAGCGACGGAGGGAGGAAGAGGAGGACAGGAAGCGAGCAGAGAGGCUUUUCUGGUGCGAGCUGGUGACGGCUCUGGGGAAGGGCGCUGCAGAGGGGGCGGGCAUCGUGGGGAAGGACAAAGGGAAGGGGAAAGCCGUGAAGAAGGCGAAGGUGGUGGAGAAGGCAGCAGCUCUGGCAGCAUCGCCGCUCUCCAUCACCUCGGCUGCAAAAGCAGUGGGAGGAGCCAUGAGGGAGGGAAGUAAGGUGUUGUACAAACACAGGAAAACUUUCCUGCACUGACGGAUGCUUCACGUGGACUGGAUUCAACUGAAUGUUUCAGGACUUAAUGGAACAUAAACAGUUAAACACCUGUGCCAAACGUUGCUUCAUUGUUAUUUGACCAACAGGCUUCUUCUGGCUGGAAAUGACACGAUGCUGAGACAGUGUGUCAGAGAUAAUAUUAGUACAUUUUAACUGUUAUUUACUAAAAAUUCCAUAUCCAAAAUUAUUCAUACCCCCGAAAUUGUCACUGACCUUUCAAAAAAUUAAAGUUUUGUCACUGAAGGCCAAACCAGGAUAAGGAUUUCGUUUUUUAAGCACUUUUUUUUUUCCUUUUUAAAUUUGCAGGUAAAUAUUAGACACCAGGUUUAGGGCUGCUGCAACCAUUAGGACUUUUGUUUGGGUUGUGAACACAGUGAAUCCUAGACAGGGUUUUGAUUUUGACAUUUUUUUUUUUUUGUUAAGACAAGAUAGUUAAUUCCCAACUUCUAAAUUUCUUUCUUUUUCUUGAGAAGCAUCCAUUCCUCUUUUUGUUCUGAUUCAGUUGUGGUCAGAUGAGAUCAUAACAGUUGUUUGGACACUGAAAUGUGGCUUUAGCUUGGCAAAAGAAAGGAGAAGUAAUGAACCUCAUGAACACCAUCCUCACAGCCAAACACGGUGGCGUUAAUGUCAUGAUUUGUUUUUUUUAGUAGGCGAUGGACCAGACAGUGUCGUCCAAGUAAACAGCAUCAUGAGAGUGACAGAUAAAUGUAUUUAUGAACACUUUUGGACCUGGUAUUUAAAGCAAAAAUAUUUUUUUAAAAAGCAAAACACAUCAUAAGUAUUUGUUAUUAACCUCUUUAGCACAGCGUCCUACUGUCUUCUGUCACAGAGGAAACCCAUUGGUCAAAUAAAACUUCACGAUAAAUCAAAUUUGGGUUUGAUACGAAUAGUUUUGGGCUUCAUCACACGUAGAGGCGGUGAAAGCCAAACUCCCUUGACUGUGUUUCAUGUGUUUUUUUCAUCCUGCGUCACACAUAACACGCUAGAAAUCUUUGUUCACAAUCAGCACAGAGCACUUUAGACCACACUGUCAAUUAAACAUGCAUGUGUGUGUUUGUGUGUGUGUAUUUUGUGUUUCGGUCAACAAAGAACAUCAACACACCUUUGAGCUUGGAAAAUUCAUGGUGUAAUAAAAGGCAAAGUCAUAAAAGUCGUGUGCAAUUCAGCAUCCUGCGACUAACACGUUUGUAUUUGUCAAAAAUAGGUUAGUCUCUUACAGAAAUGUUCCCAUUUUUACCCCUGACACAAAAAAACACAAUCAGGUAAUAACAGAGGAGAGACGCAAGAAAAAAAAAAAAGUUUAACCGCGACGUUGCAGCUGUUCCAUCUUUGGCUUCGUGACGACAUAUUGAGCCCUUUAGUUCUGCCAGGAAGAAAUACACCGAGUAUAAAAGACAAGGAACAAACACAAACAGUAACAUACUGAAUAAUAAUAAUGAUGAUGAAAGAAUGAAGCUUUUCGGGGAGUUUCUGACAAUAAAGAGGAGGAAGACACUUUGUGGAAGAAAUUUUACAAACACUCGAAUAUUGGCUAAGACUGUCGGAUGUAGUGACGGCGAUGGAGGAGGAACCUUUGAAGCUCUGGGGACUCUUACAGCUGUAACACA